AUGAUGAACUUGCUCAGCACCCUUGUCCUGGUUUCUUCCCUUCCACUGAUCCAGGCUCAGUACAAUUACAACAGCGCUGCAUCCUCCACUACAACUGCCGCAGCGUCAACCACUAAAGCCGCCGCGGCUGUCAGUGGCGUACACGUCGUCAAUGCCGGCCCCGACUUCUCCUACAGCCCUUCCUCUCUGAACGUCGCUGUGGGUGAGAAGGUCGAGUUCCACUUCUUCCCUCCGGAGCACUCAGUCGUCGAAGCUUCAUUCGGAAACCCUUGCCAUCCAACCAACGGUACUGGUUUCUUCAGUGGAUUUGUCACGACAAGCCAGGAAUCAAAGGCCAUGGUCUUCACAGUGACCGUCAACGAUACCAACCCCAUCUGGUUCUACUGUGGUGUGCCCACGCACUGCCAGGCUGGCAUGGUUGGAGUCAUCAACCCUCCCUCCAGCGGACCGAAUACUCUUGACGCAUUCAAGUCCGCCGCAGCAAAGGCCUCGGACUCGACCGUGCCGGCCAACGUCGCCGGUGGUGUUUUCGGCACUGCGAGCAAGGGAACCUCGAGCUCCAGCUCGGGAUCGGCAACCACGAGUGCCUCUCCCUCAGCUACGCCCAACGCAGCUAGCACCAUGCGCGUCGCUGGGGAAAUUAGCGCCUUGAUGUUGUUGGGCCUGUUCAUGAUCUAG